AUGUUUAGUAGUAAUAGUAAUAGUAAUAAUAAAGAUAGUAAUAAUACAGAAUCCACAAAAGAGUGUGAUAAUAAGAAUUUUUUCAGUGAUCUAGUGGUUCGUCCAUGGGAAGAGUUCUAUUCAGAUCAAAAUGGUUACAAGUACCCUAGGGAUACGAAUCACCAAAAUGAAAGAUCAAAAUAUAAUCUUAAAUAUUAUAAAGGAAACUAUAUUUCACUUUCAUUUCUUUAUUUAAUUUGUUUAGGAUUUUACUAUAUAGAACUCUUUAAAUUAUAUAUAUUUGCAAUGGUGGUCGGUUCAUACGAGUUUGACUACAGAGUUUCUAAAGGAGAUAAGCCCCACAUCUCAUCUGGAAUAUUUUGGUUGUUUGGUAAAUAA